AUUAUUUUAACUUUAUUUAGCCUUUAGAUUCUCAUUAAAAAAUCUCUUCUUAUGAAUACCCUUCACUCUCUCUCUCACAUACCAUGAAAUUAUUCAUUUCUCUUAACAAUAACUUCUAUGGCUUUUCAUCAUAAACACUUGUUUAUUUCUUUAUUUUUUUUCCUUUCUUUUAUUCUUCCUAUCAUAAACACACUUUCAACUGUUUCAAUUUCUCAAUCUUCAAAUUCAAAUCAAACAUUAAUUUGUGUCUUAAAACCUCAAAACAAACAAAAACAUUCAAAUCUUAAUUGUACUAGUUUUCCUCCUAGUACUAUUAAACUUGAUAUAAAUCCUAAUGUUUCAUUUUCUCAAAUUGUUGGUGGAAAUGGUUUUUUAUGUGCAUUAACAUCAUCAUCAAAUUCUUCAAAUUCAAUCAUGGGUUGUUGGAGAUUCUCACUCUCUUCAAAUUCCACUACUAAUAUUCCCUUUAAACGAAUCUACCGUGGUCCCUUUAUCAAAGACAUUUACGCGGGAAAUUCCCACGUCUGCGGUCUGAUUAAAGGGACCAACGGUUUUCGCCCUGAGUGUUGGCAAUGGAAAGGUUUCAAUUCAACAAACCCGAACAUGACGAUGAACAACAUGUCAAGUAUGGCGAUGGGGGAGAAUUUUGCAUGUGGGCUAUUAGAAAAUGAAAAAGGGAAUAAUGUUACUUGCAUAGGAAGUAACAAAAAAGUUGUUGAUGAACCAAAGAAUGGUAGAGAUUAUUCUUUAAUUGAAGCUGGUUCAAAUCAUGUUUGUGCUAUCACAAAUGAUGGUAGUUUGGAUUGUUGGGGUGAUAUGGUUGGUGAGAAACCAAAAGGAAGAUUCAUUUCAUUGGCUUUAGGAGAGAAUAGAAGUUGUGCACUUGGGUAUGAUGGAUUAAUCACUUGUUGGGGUUUGAAUAAUUUCACCUUGCCAUUGAGAUUAAGAGAGACUUAUUUUGAGUCAAUUGUGGCUAAAAAAAGUGUUUUUUGUGGUGUUUUGACUUCUAAUUAUUCUUUGUUUUGUUGGGGUAAUGAAAAUUUUGAGUCAAAAAAAGAUGCAUUCAAGGUGUUUGAUAAUGUGCUUCCUGGACCUUGUAAGAAUCAAUGUCCAUGUGGACCUUUACCAGAUUCUGCUAAACUUUGUGUCUCACCAGCCAUCAUUUGUAAACCUUGUUUACCAUCGUUUGAAAUUCUAUCAUCACCACCGUUGAAUCCUCCGUCGGGAAGUCCCGGAAAUUCAUCGAAAACUGGUACUUGGAGCAACAAAAUGGUGGCGUUUCUAGUAAUAGGAUGUGUUGGUUGUAGUAUUUUGUUACUAGCCUUAUCUUUCUUCUUUUACAAAUACUGCAGAGGGACAAUAUGCAGAUCUAAAUCUAGAGUUCAUGACUCUGGAAGAUUAGACGAUCUUGAUCAAGAAACCGAAUUGGAGCCUCGAGCUAACCCUGCGGUUCUCGAGAAGAGGUUAAGCCAUGUAAUCAGCAAGGGAAAUGGAGGUAGCCUUUUGGAGGAAUUUUCAAUUCAAACACUAAUUGAAGCCACCGGAAAUUUCUCCGAAGAGAACAAAAUUGGUGUUGGAAGCUUCGGUUCGGUGUACCGUGCUAAACUUGAAGAUGGAAAAGAAGUUGCUAUAAAAAGAGCUGAAAUGUCAACAAAUUCACCUUUAUUUGGAAAUGUUAGUGUCACCAAAAGACAAGAAGACAAUGACAGUGCUUUUGUGAAUGAACUUGAAUCUUUAUCAAGACUCCACCACAAAAACUUGGUAAAAUUACUCGGUUUCUACGAAGACAAAAACGAGAGAAUCCUAGUAUACGAAUACAUGAACAACGGAAGCUUAAACGAUCAUCUUCAUAAGUUUCAAACUUCAACUAUUAUGUCAUGGAGCGGUCGUAUAAAAGUUGCAUUAGACGCAGCUAGAGGUAUAGAAUAUUUACACAAAUACGCCAUGCCACCAAUUAUUCACCGUGACAUUAAAACGUCAAACAUUUUAUUAGAUUCAAAAGGUGUCGCUAAAGUAGCCGAUUUCGGAUUAUCAUUAAUGGGUCCAGAAGACGAAGAGUCACAUAUUUCACUUCUAGCAGCCGGAACCGUUGGCUACAUGGAUCCCGAAUACUACAGGCUACAACAUUUGACGACAAAAAGUGACGUGUAUAGUUUCGGCGUUGUCUUGUUAGAACUUUUAAGUGGCUAUAAAGCUAUACAUAAAAAUGAAAAUGGAGUGCCAAGAAAUGUGGUUGAUUUUGUUGUACCUUUUAUUGUUCAAGAUGAGAUUCAUAGAAUUUUGGAUCCAAAAUUGCCACCACCAACACCAUUUGAGAUUGAAGGUGUGGCUUUUGUAGGUUAUUUAGCUUGUGAUUGUGUUCGUUUAGAAGGUAGAGAUAGACCAAGCAUGAGUCAUGUUGUGAAUAGUUUAGAGAAAGCACUAGAGGCUUGUUUGGCACAACCAAUAAAUUGUGAGUCCGAUAGGAGCACUACUAGCACUGUUUCUAAUGAGUGACUAGUUUUCCAUAAUUCCUUUUUCCAUACGCUUAACGCGUUUGUGAAGUUUGAAAAUGUCAAUAUUUGUAUAUGAAUUACACUUUUUUUUUCUUUAUUAUU